AUGCGCUCCUUAGCCUCAACGAUUGCUGUCCUGCAACUUGCACUCCAGCAUGCGUUAGCGACGGUAGGCGUCCUGGACAUCGACGAUCUACUGCAACCAGAUCUUCAACAGCAUCUAGUUGCUCCAGAUGAAGAUCAUCCGUACGCACCAUGGUCUCAUAAACCGCACUGCAUAACCAGCAGCUACCUCCCCACCCUCGGCCAAAAGUACUGCGUCUACACAUCCAACACGACGGGCCCACACGGUCUCUCCCUGAUCUUUCCCCCAAGAUCCGCCCAUCUAGCGUCGGAAUAUCUCGACGACAACCCGCUCAAUAACUUUCUGACUCAGAAAGAUGCUGAGCGCUUGUAUCUCGGCGGUCAACCAUGGAAAAUCGUCGACAUACCCGGGAAGGCGAAAGGCGUCGUGGCUACGCGGAAGAUCAAGAUGUACGAAACGUUCAUGGUGGAUCAGGCCGCUGUUGUUGUGGAUAUGGGGGCGGAGAAGGCGUUGAGUGAGGCUGAGAAUAAGAAGUUGAUGAAGAGGGCUGUGGAUCAAUUGCUCGUACCGGCGAUGAUCAGAGACAUGAGUUCUGCGCAUGCGGGGAAGAGCCAUGAAGGUGGAAAUGGAGAUGACGAAAAUGAAGGAAGCUUAGAGGAAGCCAUCAUGAAGACGAACGCGUAUGGCAGUACGGUUGCGGAGGUUAGCUCGAGGGCGUUGUAUCCGCUGAUCUCGGUAGGUCGCGACGCAGUCUAA